AUGAGGUUGCUUUGCAGCGUUUGCUGGCCCUGCUGAGCGUUCGCGCGUUUGCGCAUUCAACGCCCAGUUGUCAGGUCCAGUGAUCGUUCGGUGGGGCCAAGUCCAGGCAGUAGGUAGCGGCGGUUCCGAUUUGAUACCCAGUGUGCCUUCGACGGAAGCAUUGAUUGUAAGGUGUAUCGAGUUGCCUCGUUGGUGGCGGUUGCGUUGGAAGUUGUUUGCAAGUGAUCAAUGAUGACAUUUCGGUUGCGCAAGUGGCCUCAUGGCUCUCCUUGUCCCUUAACGCGCUCAUUCACGGGUAUGAUGCAUUCAUAGUCGGGUAGUGUUCGAAAAGAGGCCGGAAGCCGUGUAUAAGUAGCAGAGCUGGAAGUUGAUUUAUUCUUCCUUCCCUCUCUAACCUUUCUACCCUUCAGUGAUCACCCCUUCAAGUCAAACCCACCUUCUUUUCGAUCACUUCCCGCUACCAUGCCUCUCACCAUUGAGCAAACCUCGAAUGACCCCAUUCCCCCAUAUGUUUGGGGCUUUCCGGCUCACUUGGAGCCUCAGCCUUCGCUGGUGACUUUGCACUGCGAGACUUGCAUCAGUCACAUCGCCAAUUCAAGCUCUACCGAACAGUUUGUUCAGAGGUUUGACGCCUGCCUUCGUGAUAAUGAUCUUGGGUGUUGCAAGAGGUGUUCUCAGUCGAAGCAAACCUGCUUCAACGUUGACCCUGAGUUUCGUCGCGGGGUCAAUGUUCUGGUCUUCCUCACUGAGUACGCCCGCCGCAAGGAGAACGCUCUCACUUCCGACUCCACCGAGGAGCAGCGCGUCGAGGUCGGUGCCAAGUACGAGAAGGCUCGCGGAUAUGCCGUCAAGUUGAAUGCCGCCUUGAAGGAUUACCGUGCUUGGUUGAAGAGGCAGCUCAAGGACAAGGAGAUGACCAGGGGUGCUUGGGAUUCUGCGCGCCAAGCCUCCCGAGAGUGUCGCCCUUCCAACGUUGUGAUUGACGGUCGGAUUGAGUCAGUCUUUGGCCGGGAUGGUUUGGCAAAGAACCGUGAGAAGCGGUUCUAUUACCUUGGGCGUGAGAUUCCCAGUGCCGCUGCCACUCCUAUGUUGGCGAACACUUGCAGUAUGUAUGGGAUGCAAUUGCUACAUCAUGAGGUAGAAGAUCCAUCGCUGAGGCCUCUAUCUCUAGGGCUAAAGUAG